GGGGUGGUCAAACCAGCGCCUCAGUGACCUCCGACUUAUCAACACGAUCCUCGGCUUCUCUGAACGAAGAGCAGUUUGAAGACUACGGGGAAGGGGACGAACCAGACUACACUCCCAGCAGCCCCUGCCCGGACGACGAGACUCGAACCAACGGCUACUCAGACCUCGGCUCAUCUGUUCCCUCCAGUGCCGGCCAGACUCCUCGUAAGGUGCGUCAGCAUUACACCGGUGAAACCAUGGAUGUCUACUGUUCUCAGUGCAGCAAAAAGGUCAACCUGCUGAAUGACCUGGAGGUUCGCCUCAAAAACCUCAAGUCUAACAGCCCCAACAGGAAGAUCUCCAGCACUGCUUUUGGAAGGCAGCUGCUUCACAACAGCAACUUGAGCAGCAGUAACGGCAGCACUGAAGACCUUUUCAGAGACAGCAUCGACUCCUGCGACAUCGACAUCAAUGAGAAGGUCAGCUUUCUGGAAAAGAAGGUGGCAGAGCUGGAGAAUGAGAUUCUGAUGAACGGUGAUAUCAAGUCCAAGCUGAAGCAGGACAACACACAGCUAGUACACAGGGUUAAUGAGCUGGAGGAGCAGCUGAAAGAUCAGGAGACACGAGGAGAACAAAAUCUGCGGGAGGAGCUGAGACGACACCGAGAGUCCUACAGCAAGAUGGAGAGAGACAAGGACACACAGAUAGAGCUGCUGACCAACCGAGUCAAGCAGGUGGAGGAGGAGAACAGUGAGAUGACCCUUAACAUGUCGCGGCUUAAAUCGCAUUCUGAAAAACUGGAUGAGGAGAAGCAGAGGAUGACGGACAAGCUGGAGGACACUAGUCUGCGCCUGAAGGACGAGAUGGACCUCUACAGGAAAAUGAUGGACAAACUGAGACAGAACAGACAGCAGUUCCAGAAAGAAAAGGAAGCCAUGCAGGAGCUCAUAGAGGACCUGCGUCGGGAGCUGGAGAACCUGCAGCUCUUCAAGCUGGAGGCAGAGAGGCCCGGCCGCAGCCGCAGCUCCUCCUCCGGGCUGGCAGACUUCAACAGCCGGACCAGGGAGAUGGAGCUGGAGCACGAGGUCAAGAGGCUGAAGCAGCCAUUUGUGUCCCAGGACUUUCUUCUCCCUGAAUUCCAGCACCUGCUGUUGUCUGGGGCUCGGCUCCGUCCUGGUCUCAUGGAGAAUCAGAAGCUGAGGGAGCAGAACGACGAGCUCAACGGUCAGAUCCUCAGCCUCAGCCUGUAUGAAGCUAAGACCCUGUUCGCCACACAGACCAAGGCCCAGUCUCUAGCUGCUGAGAUAGAAAACGCCUCCAGAGAUCAGUUAAUGGAAGCCUUGAAAGAGCAGGAAGAAAUCAACAUUCGACUGCGACAGUACAUGGACAAAAUCAUUCUGUCCAUCCUGGACCACAACCCCUCCAUCCUGGAGAUCAAGGGCGACUAGCAGUGACUCAACUGGAGUGAGAAUCGGUCUCGGGCGAAUGAAGAUCAUUCCAGUUGUUUGAUCAGAAACUUUAACCUGAGGCAGGAAUCUGUACAGGACAACAGAGACAACCAGAGCCAGUCGUAGAAACUGGAACAUAAAUAGACACACAUCGCCCCCUGCUGCUUAUGGCAGGGAAGGACAUUCUACAGUGGGAUUAAGUGCUGAACUGACCGCAGGUCAUACUACUGUGACUCUUCUAAUCGAUCUGUCCUGCUCUUUUUUAUUCACUGUCUAUGCUGUGAACUGUAGAUACUGUCACAACGUUUAUCUCAUACAACAAAACAGGAAUAUCCUGCGCUCAACAUGCUUUGAGGAUUAACAGAGUCGCUGAAAGAAGUACACUCGACAUACUGUGUUACCUUGACAUAAAAACUGGAACAAUGUAAAAAACCUGAUAUGGGUUGUAUUGUAUCCUGGUGUAAUGUUGGCUGUAUUAUCCGCAGAUAGAAAGUUUGGUAUGAUUUCUUUGGAACAUUGAAGCAGACUAAACCUGAGUCUCAGAGGCAUGAAGGCCGACCAGAGUAUUGCCUGAUCUGUAAACUGCCCAUCUUUUCUCCUCUGACAUGUAGGUGUUUGUUGACGAUGAAUCAUGGAUAGGCACGUUUUUAGAGAGGAUUGAGAAAAGUGUAAAGAGAAAGAAACGAAUAAGAGCGCCUUUAGCUACAAGGGUAAACAGAAGUUGUGCGCGACAGAUGAUGGACCACGUAUGCAAGCAAAGGAGGGUUUUAGUAAAGUUGGUGAUGGUACAUUGCAGGUGAAUUUGUUUAUUUUUGAGAACAUGUCUUCCAGUAACCUUGCAACAGCACUUGCAGAGUCAAUCAGUCCAAUAGUGGCCCUUAGUUUGUUCAGAUGAGUAGUCGAGUGUCACUUUAAGGAGCAGAAGCUGCAACCAAGGAGUGUCUUUAAACUGGAACUUCUGAGGCUGCUAUUUGCUAGCAACACAUUGGCGAAUAGGUUCAUUGUUGCUAGCAAUAGACCCCAAUGAUGUUGAACAGAAUUGUGAGCUAUGAAUGUACAGGGUGGAUUUAUGUUGAAGUGACUGGAAGCCAUUGUAACAUGGUUUACUGAAUCCUCUCUCUUUGCUCAGUGAAAUCACCCUAGAUAUUGUACGUGAGCAUGCACAGGAGACUCACUUUUUGGCACAAAAACUGGAUUAGCAAUCUCAUUAAAGCCUACAUGUUGCAAAUAGUUUUUUGUGCCCUCUGAAACUCUCUAAUACUGUAAAUAUGAAUGUACAACUGGAUAUUUCACUUUCCGUGAGGCUAAAAAAGGCUUUUUGACUUGAAAUCACUGUAAUUGGUCAAGAUGUGUUGAAACACACAUGUACAGUAUUAGGUACUGUAAUGAAGAGGGCAUUGUUGGGGGAGGGGAGACAAUUUUAAUCUGCUGUAUCAUGUAAUUAUUCCAAAACCUAAGUUUUGCUUCCUUGCACAAGAAAAAACGUGUUUGUUUCUUUAUGCAUGGUUCACCUUUUCUUCUGUCUGUGCCUUUGAGGACAUUUUUCAAGACGAUGUGCUAUAGAUUUACAUAGUUUUCUGAAGGUGCAUUCUAUGUCUACGUCUGACAUAUUUUUUUGACUUGUAAAUGUUGUAAUUAUAUAGUGAUUUGUAUUCAUGUGCCACUCACCACUCUUUUUCAGAUUGAUACUAUAAAAACUAUUUUAUACAGUUUUAUCAAAAAAAACCUUGUGAUUCCUUAGGUGUCCUUUUAGAAAAGCGUUAUAGCACAAUGCUUUGUAUGGUACGAAGGUUAGCAUUUUGGGAACAUUUGGUCAACAGUCAGUGUAAUGACUUUUUCAAUGCAGUUGGGGAUGUUUUGUUUCAUUUCUCAAUCUGUUUUGUUACGGUAAGUCCUUUGCUUUUCAACCUGCUUUGAACUGGCUUUUUAUGGUUGAAAGCUGUCUUCCUAACUCAAACUAAAUGGUGAACAUUAUGAGCAAUAUUAACUUAUUUACCUAUACCUGCAGAUUUGUGUCUUGUUUUGCUUCUCAAAUCUCUUCAUUCUAUAGCUGCUCGUGCCAUUCUAGAUUUAAGAAAAUUAAUAAACGAUACAUUAAGCUGUCAUCAUUAGUGCUAUCCAAUGAUGCAAUGUAACUAUAAACAGCAAUAACAAUUGCUUUGGCAGUGAUACUGUCUCAUUAAAUGUCUUAUGUUGAAUUAGUUUAUUUCCAUUUAUGUAAUUUCUCAAAUAAUAAAACACUUAUUAUUUGCCCACAGUGUACACUGCUGAUGUCUACGUUUCCAUGAUGUGGUAUUCUGUUCUGUAAAUAAAAACAUUUGAG